GGUGGGUUUGAAGCCAGGGGCCGCCUCUCCGCCCCACUGUUUGUAAACUCGCAGUCCAGGCUGGGAGCAGUCAAGAGAGUUCCCGGGAGCCCUUCAAAAUAGAAAGUUAGUGGAGCUGGCAGCAGAGGUGUGCCUGGCCGCUGUCACCCGACUGGCCCCAGGAUUGUGGAGCACUGCUUUUGAGAGGACGCCGGUGACCGCCUGGGAAGCCUGCCCCCCAUCCCUUACCUGCUCGCCUUCUCCGUAGACCCAUCGUCUGCUGGCUGGGAAAAUCUGACUUCAUUCGGGUACCAGGUCCGCUUCCGAGAGAUCAUGGCCCACGUCGGGGACUGCAAAUGGAUGUCCUGGCUCCCAGUGCUAGUGGUGUCUCUGAUGUGCUCGGCCAAGGCAGAGGACUCCAACUGUGGCGAGAACGAAUACCACAACCAAACUACUGGGCUGUGCCAGCAGUGUCCUCCAUGCAGACCAGGGGAGGAGCCCUACAUGUCCUGUGGAUACGGCACCAAAGACGAUGACUAUGGCUGCGUGCCCUGCCCUGCAGAGAAGUUCUCCAAAGGAGGUUAUCAGAUAUGCAGGCGCCACAAGGACUGCGAGGGCUUCUUCCGGGCCACCGUGCUGACACCAGGAGACAUGGAAAACGAUGCCGAGUGUGGCCCGUGUCUCCCUGGCUACUACAUGCUGGAAAACAGACCCAGGAACAUCUACGGCAUGGUCUGCUACUCCUGCCUUCUGGCGCCUCCCAACACCAAGGAAUGUGUGGGAGCCACUUCCGGGGUUUCAGCUCACUCCUCCAGCACUUCAGGCGGCAGCACCUUGUCCCCCUUCCAGCAUGCUCACAAAGAGCUCUCAGGCCAAGGACACCUGGCCACCGCCCUGAUUAUUGCCAUGUCUACGAUCUUCAUCAUGGCCAUUGCCAUCGUCCUCAUCAUCAUGUUCUACAUCAUGAAGACUAAGCCAUCAGCUCCAGCCUGCUGUAGCAGUCCCCCAGGAAAGAAUGCAGAAGCCCCAGCUAACACACACGAGGAGAAAAAAGAGGCCCCAGACAGUGUGGUGACUUUCCCUGAGAAUGGCGAAUUCCAGAAGUUGACAGCAACACCCACAAAGACCCCCAAAAGUGAGAAUGAUGCCUCCUCUGAGAACGAGCAGUUGCUGAGUCGCAGUGUGGACAGUGAUGAAGAGCCAGCCUCGGACAAGCAGGGGUCCCCAGAGCUAUGCCUGCUGUCGCUAGUUCACCUGGCCAGGGAGAAGUCUAUAACCAGUAACAAGUCUGCUGGGAUCCAAAGCCGAAGGAAAAAGAUAUUGGAUGUGUAUGCCAACGUGUGUGGUGUCGUUGAAGGUCUCAGCCCCACAGAGUUGCCAUUUGACUGCCUCGAGAAGACAAGCCGAAUGCUCAGCUCUACGUACAACUCCGAGAAGGCGGUCGUGAAAACGUGGCGCCACCUUGCCGAGAGCUUUGGACUGAAGAGGGACGAGAUUGGGGGCAUGACUGAUGGCAUGCAGCUCUUUGACCGCAUCAGCACCGCAGGCUACAGCAUCCCAGAGUUGCUCACAAAGCUGGUGCAGAUCGAGCGGCUGGAUGCUGUGGAGUCCUUGUGUGCAGACAUACUGGAGUGGGCAGGGGUUGUACCACCUGCCUCCCCACCCCCAGCUGCGUCCUGAAGAGUUUGUCUUGGAUUGUCUUCCCUGGGACCAGCUGGGGAUCCAAUGAAGCCACUAUAGCUGUGAGUGAUGCCCUCGGACUGCCAAAACUCGAGGCAUUUCCUGGUGGGCCACUGUAUUCCUUAGGCUGCUCUAAGGAGCGCAUUGAGCACUCAGAUGAACCAAACCAUGUGGGGAAGACACAGGUGAAGAAUCUGAUCCUGUCUUUUAAAGGAGGCACUUAGUGGGAGACUGGGGCAUGGUACAGACCACGUUACCAAGCCAUCACAUAGGCAAAUGCUUUAAAAAAAAAUGUAGCAAAAGUUAUAAGAAGGGAGAUGGAGUCUCAAGGAGUUGAAAAUGGGAGCAUCCUAAUGAAGAAAAUACCUUGAAGGUUUUAGUUUAAAAAAAAAAAUGGUUACAAAGUACAGACAUCCCGCAUCCUGCAUUGCUUGAGACAGAGCAUAGUUUGUUGGCAUGCCCUAUGUGUUUACAGUCGCCCACAGUGGUACAAGCCUUGCAGUCACUAGUGGAAGAGCUCACCUUGUGUCACUGACACACAAGGCAUGUCUGUCCCCCCACAAGCGUGGACAGAUUUGGCCUCCAGCCCCACUCGCAGGCACAGCAGUCACAAUGUGUAGGGCUGUUUUUACUUCAAAGGGAUGUGCGUCCUAUCUAGAAAGGGAAAUGGUGACUUGCUCCGAGUUUGACCAUGCCCGAUUCUCGUGGGUGAGGCUUGAGCGAGUUCAGACACAGCAUCCUGAGCCAGUAAGGUGCAGUACAGAGCUGGGGCCUGGGGGGCCUGAGCUCCGGGGGGAGUCAUCCAAAGUGGCUAAGUCCCCCAGACUUAGCUUCUCUUCUGCAAAUGAGAGGUUGGUCUUCAUGUCUGUGGUCAGGAGAGUUGAGGCUUGGGUGAGCAAAAGGGUGAGUGAAAGGAAACAGAGACAGAAGAGGGAGAGGCCAGAGGAGCCUCCGAACGGUGAAUACAGUCUGGGUGGCCACACGAAAUGGGAGUCGAGGGACUCUCAGCCGCCAUUCUCAAGUAAGGGCAACUGUAGGACAGAGUGUUUACAGAGCUCAUAAACAGGCAUUGCUCUUGGCAGAUUCUCUUACUGCACCUGUAACUGCCAGGAAAUGGGAAGCCAGGGCAGCUUUCCCGGUGGGGGGUUAAUGCCACGCGGCUGGGCUCCCUCCCGGAGUGCUGACUGCAGAGAAUGCUUCCCUCUGGUUUAGAAGGCUGUUGGGAUUUUUGUUGUUGUUGUUGUUGUUUUACAAGCCCUAUGACGGAACAAAGGCUUUGGAGGGGAAUCAGUGGUGUGUUUGAAAACAUCAAGCAAUUUCCCACCACUGAAUAUAGACCGUACUGUGAGAGGACCGUAAUUAGGUCCUGAAUUUUUAAUAUGAUCCUCUGUCUGUUUGUGCUGGAGUUUUUUUAGAAGGCAUUUACUAUAUCCUGCGAAUUAAAUAGUCUGCUUAAUCGUCCUUUUAAUUCCUCUUUGAGAUCCUGCAGUGUCCCUUACCCCUGGUCUUGCAGAACGACGCUGAGCUUCCCCUUAAUUAGACUUGUAAAUGUCAUCUGUGAUGAGUGAGCCGGUUGAGGACAGCAGGCUCUCCUCCUCCAACUGUCAUUCUGCUGAAGAAUGGGCAGCUGCAGCCGGCAGUGUGAGCUGGCCGCCAUUCGCCCUACUGGGGUUCAAGGCUUGAGGCAGCCAGCAUCCUUGCUGUUUUGUUGACUCCCAGCUUUCUGCUUCAGGGUAGCCAGCCCCUUGUCAUUUACUUUAUUUGGCAGAAAGUUCAGGAAGGGUUUGCUUUUCGGUGUGCUUUGCUGAUGCUGUAGAAUUCUGAACCAACAAAGACCACAGGGACUCUUGCUGACUAAUGCUGGAACUCCAAGCUGCCAUGUUUGUCUGGAGACGGUCAUUAUUUUUCACUACUUAAAGGUAUUUAGCAAACACCCAAGCUAGGUCUGAGGGCCUGAGCCAGUGAAGUCUUAAUUGUGAAUAUUUUAUAUAAUUCUGUUUAUGUAACUUAUUAUAUUUUUAUAAGCUCAAUAAACAUAUUAAUAAAAAGGA